AUGCGAGUAUUUUUGCAACAAGAUGAAACUGGGAGUGUGUUUUCGAAGCAGUUGUUAGACAUUGGAAAUAAUAAAGUUGCAGUGCACACCUCGACCGGAUUCAUCACGUUACCCACAGAUUUCUGUCAAAUCACAGACUCGAAAGAGGAGCUUAUUCAUCAUGUUUUCCCAGAUAUAGCGCAAAAGUUCAAUAACCAUCAUUGGCUGAGUGAACGAGCAAUAUUGACAGCGAAAAAUAAAGAUGUCGAGGAUCUCAAUGCGACCAUUCAGAAUGGUCUUCCAGGACAGUUGGUUUCCUUUAAUUCAGUCGACACCGUUAUGAACUUGGAUGACGAAGUCAACUAUCCCACGGAGUUUUUAAAUUCACUGGAAUUGUCUGGAUUACCACCUCACAAUUUGCAGUUAAAAAUAGGGUCAGUUGUCAUCAUCCCGCAUAACAUUAAUUAA